AUGUUACUCAUCGUCUUUUCCAUUGUUUUUCUCUACGGUUUGAAUGAACCCUGGUUCUUUUGUUCCAAAAGCUCAUUUCAGCACAAGCACGUAGUCUCACGGACGUCGUCUGUCAGAUAAAUCCGGCGAAAUGCGAUCACUUCAAAGAACAAAUGAUUGGAAUCGUCCCUGCCAGUGGUUCCACAAACGAUUGGACCGCUCCCCGUGUAUUUUCCACACCUAAAAUCGAUUCCUCGAGGUUAAAUUUAAAGUUGAAGCCAGUUCGGUAUUUCUUGCUGACUUGAUUAGAAAAAUGACACUUCUGCAUGAAAAUAUAGAAAAUUCUGAGUCCUGCAAAUUCCACAAAGUUUGCCGUUUCUAGGAACACUUCAGCAAUUUUUCAAACGAACAAAGUAUUAUUAUUUGGAAACAAGACCAGUUUCAGAGCCUCAGCUUCUCCUUACGGUGCGCCGUCACUCGACGAGUUCCGUCGCUGGAACAACUACGAGGAGUCAGAGCUGGGCGCUCCUCGAUCUGGGAACAACGGCGUUCCAUUUGGACCAGGUGAGCGGCUUUUGAAGAUCCGACUUGACGUCUUCAGGCCUUGGCGACAUCGGCAUCACUUCUGGGAUCGGAAUUCAGCACCCUUUCGGAGGACUCGGCAUCGAGAGGGACUUCGGACUUUCGAUGGGAGGCAGCGGAAGAAUCGGAGGAAUGCCUGUCGGUUGGGGCAACGGUGCUCCGCGAACCAUCGGCUCCGCACCUUUUCUAUAUCCUUGA